GUGGGCUGGCCACAUGCUUUAGAUAUUGUCGUUAAGAUCGAACAUUUUCGCGAACUCAGUCCUUCGAGGGGCAGGAAAAGGGCUUAGAACGCCCCGGUUUAUCUGCAUCAUAAGUCUCACGUGUAAUAACCCUCAAACAGGGAGAUCAUUGAAAGUUAUUCUCGAAAUACAAGUUCUCAGGCCUAUAACCAAGUAUCACGAAAGCGAACAUGAAUUCACUCGCGCAGAACUCCGAGACGGUUCCGAUAAGCUCCAAAUCACUACACAGAUUCUAUGAGCCGAUUGUCCUUCUGAAAGCUUUGAAUGUUGAGAUGAAGGACGCUGCCGAAUUUGUUGAUUCUGACGAAGCGGGAUAUCGAAGAGACCCGGAAGAAAAAUUCCAAGCCUUCGUCUAUAAACUGGCCCACGUAUGCGACAGUGUCAAGGGAAACCAAGGCGGUACGAUCACCUCGGUCAUGGUGCUGGAGCCAAAUUUCGCCGAAGGUGACAUUGCCGAGUACCGGUUCGCCUCUAAUAGCCGGACUGAAGAUGAAGUAGAGGUCACCUCGGAGUUUGUAAGGUCGCUUCUUGGUCACCUUCGCUCUGCGACAUUCCCAAAUGACGAGGCCGCUGUGCGGGGACGCUUGCUUAGACAUGUCCUUCUAUUCAAUCGAAGUCGGAUCGCAUCAUACCUGACGGCAAUCCAUACGGAAGUUCAACACUCUCUUGCCAAGUGCUUGAUCGCUCAUGACGACGAAGAAUGCAGCACGAUUGCGACGACUUUGAUGAGUAUUCUGGCCUUUCUUGAAUUCAAUUGGGGCAAAUAUGCUUCUGAAACCGAAUGUGACAUACCGAUCCCGAGACCCAUUCGGUCGAAGAGCAUGAAGGCGGAAGGAAUUGUCGGGCGUAUGACGUCCAAAGCAGAAGAUAUCGAAGUACUUCGGGGUUUCGUCAGGGAUCUCCAGCUUCAAAGCCUCGACGCGAGGAUCGAAACUGAGUAUACGAAGAACACUUUCCGGCCAAUUGUUCAUUCAGAAAUUCUACUACUUGACAACCUCGAGAAAAGCGGCCCCAUCACUCAGGAGAGGUUCUUCCACGGGUGGAUGUAUAUCGGCAGCAGCAAGCCUCUUUGUCGCUUGUGCCAAUACUACUUCGAGAAGCACCGCUCCCGAGUGGAACACCGCAAAAGCCAUCUGAACUUGUACAUCAGUUGGAGGGUGCCUGAUGUCCUAGUGUCUCAGGGCGCCGAGGGCGUAGAAAGAAGACAGAAGAUGAUGAACAGAAUGACCGAAAGAGUUCGCCGUGACGUAUUCGACUUGAUACGGAAGAGAGUCAAGCCAACGCACAGAAAUCACGAUAGCUUCACUUCUUCAGUGAGAUUCACUCUGGAUGAGAGGUGGACCAUGGCCUCUAGUGUCUCGGAUGUUGCGUCGCGCAUUGAAGGCUUGGCUUUGGAGGAUUCUGAGGAUGAUGAACAAGGUGGGGUUGCCUUGGAGAAGACAGAUAUUUAG